UUUUGUUAAGGGGACCAUUUAUUUUCUAUCCAGCAAAGGAAUCCACAGCUGUGUAGCUCACACUAAAGCUAAAAGCUAUACCUAAAGUGAGAGAAAACUUCCAAACAAGAGUUGAAAAUCCGAUCAUCAAAAAAGUUUUCCAAGAAAAAGCACUCAACUCAAAGCCUGUGAUUUUGUUAUAACCAUAUCUUCAUGUGAUCAACUUUCAAAAGGCUCAAUAAAUGUCUUGCCAAAUUGCACUUGAAUGCCUAUAAAAAGGCCAGCCCUUCCUCAUUUCAAUCAUAUAAUUCUAAACCCCCAAGAAAACAUGAAGUUUUUCACAUUAGUUUUCAUUGCCAUUCUCCUUAUACAGGUUUUCACUGAGGCUGUUUCCAUUAACAAUGCCGAAGAUACUGCUGCACAGAUAGAGAAAGCAGGAAAUGAUGGGGCUCUUUUCAAGAAAAGUCAUCAUCACCCAAUCAGGAAGAUCAACUGUGGGUAUGCAUGUGCAAGGAGAUGCAGGAAGUCAUCAAGGAAGAAUGUGUGUAAAAGGGCAUGCAAGUCGUGUUGUGCAAGAUGUCAUUGUGUUCCACGUGGCACUUAUGGUAACAAGGAAGCUUGCCCCUGCUAUGCUAGGCUUAAGACUCAUGGCAACAGGCCUAAAUGCCCUUAAUCAAUUAGACACUAAUAAUUUGUUUGAGAAUUAAAAACUGCAUUUUAAUUUCUUAAAUAUAUGCUUAUGCUUUUAUCCUUUAAUAUUUGGGUCAGAGGGAAUAAAAUGAUGAGAGAAAUUGCUGCAUGAGUAUGCGGGCUUUGGUAUUUGUUUAUUGACUCUUUAUUUAAUUUGCUGUGAGAUCGAUAAAAUACAUACAUAUAUAUGUAUUUUUGGGAAUAAAGUUUAUUGAUUCCUUUUGCUUU